AUGAAGAUUGCAGUGGAAGGUUGUUGUCAUGGGGAACUUGAUAAAAUCUACGAGACUAUCGAAUACCUCCAGAAACGAAAUGAUAUGAAAGUGGAUAUUUUAUUGAUCUGUGGAGAUUUCCAGGCUGUCAGGAAUUCCAGUGAUUUGCAAUGUAUGGCAGUUCCACAAAAAUUUCAAAAACUCAACACAUUUUAUAAAUAUUACAGUGGAGAAAAAGUUGCUCCAGUUUUAACAGUUUUUAUUGGUGGGAAUCACGAAGCCUCAAAUUAUCUUCAAGAAUUAACCUAUGGUGGCUGGGUGGCUAAAAAUAUCUAUUAUAUGGGUUAUGCUAAUAUUAUCCAGUUUGGAGGUAUCAGGAUAGCAGGCCUAUCUGGUAUAUAUAAUAGUAAAAACUAUACUAGAGGACAUUUUGAAAGACCACCGUAUAAUGAAAGUACAAAACGUUCAGUCUAUCAUGUGAGGAAUCUGGAAGUGUUUAGGUUUAAACAGGUAUCAAGACCCAUCGAUAUUUUCCUGUCACAUGACUGGCCUCGUGGUAUUUAUAACUAUGGUAACGUCAAAGAAUUAUUACGCAAAAAAUCAUUUUUCGCUGAGGAAAUAGAACAGAAUAAGCUAGGAAGUGAACCUAAUGAAGAAUUGUUACAUGUUUUAAAACCAGAUUAUUGGUUUGCUGCUCAUCUACAUGUUAAAUUUCCAGCUAUUGUACAACAUCAGACUAAUAAUGGUGAAGAAGAAAAAUUAACCAAGUUUUUAUCAUUAGAUAAGUGUCUUCCUCGACGCAAUUUCUUACAGGUUAUAGAUAUUCCCCAUGACAACAACAUUCCUCUCAAAUUACAACUAGAUCCAGAAUGGCUGUCAAUUAUUAAACAGACCAAUCAUCUAUUGAAUCUUGGCCCCGCCUCCUGUUUUAUGCCAGGCAUUGGCAGCAAUGAAAGAUAUGACUUCAAGAUAACUGCUGAUGAUAUACAAGCUAUUAAAGAUGAUUUCGGUGAUGAUUUGACUAUUCCAGAUAAUUUUGAGGAGACUGUACCACCCCAUGAUUAUAAUCAACCUAACUGUAAAACACGUCCUGGGGUCAUCAUUAAUCCUCAAACCACCUUAUUAUGUACAAUGUUGGACCUCACUGAC